AGAUUCUUCAUAUUAUUUUGGAAAAUAUUUGGAAAAAUAUUGUAAUAAUAAGGAAUAUUUAAUAAGGGCCAUCAAGAGGAACUCUAAUUUAUUUGAAAUUCUUUCUCAUAAGUUAGAUGAAGAGGAUCGUAUGCAACUGACAAAAAACAACUCAAAAGAGGUCAAAGCUACGAAUUAUUUGACAGAUAGAAUUGAGAGACUUUCUGAUGAAGAAAAGAAAGAUAAAGAGCUAAUUAUUGGCCACCUCAAAAUAUCACCCAUGUCCUUCCCAUUCAUUGAUCCAUCCUUAAAGAACGAUAUAGAUGUGGUAAUGGCAACCGUCACCAAGCAUGGAGGUGUUCUGAAGCUUCUCUCUCCAGAAAUGAAAAAGAAUAAGGAAGUUGUAAUGGCUAGCAAACAUCAAGGUUUUGCCUAUGCAGAUAAGACACUUCAGAGAGAUAUACAAGUCAUUCUUAAUGCAGCACAAUAUUUUGGAGGAAUUUUAGAGCUAUUAGAUAAGGAUUUGAGAAAUGAUGAGGAAAUUGUUCUUCAAUGCAUCAAGACAACACCCAUGGCAUUAGAAUUUGCAAGUGAAACUCUGAGAAAUAAUCCAGAAAUUGUGAGAGUAGCUUACAAUUUAGAUCCAAAAGUUUUGGAAUUUACUGAUCUUGGUUCUUUUUAAAGUAUUUCCAUAACACUCAAAAUAACUCAAACAAUGAACCAU